AUGACUCACAACUAUCCAAGGCCAUACGUGGCCACUCUGCACCUCCGGGGGUCCUCUUACUAUGAAAUCGGUCUACAACAUGGCCAACAAGGAAAAGAACAGAUCCAGACCAACAUCAAAACGUAUACAAUAUUCUUCCAAGAAACAGCUGGUCUAAAGACCUGGGAAGACGCAAAGGAGCGCUCGAAGAUCUUUAUUCCAACUCUUGAGAAGCUGUAUCCCGAGGUGUUAGAAGAAAUCCGAGGCAUCGCAGAAGGCGCCCAGCUUGAUACAGAAGAUAUCCUUGCAUUGAAUGUCAGAAGUGAAAUCGGAUUAACAAAUUAUUCCAACACUCCCAAGGAAGACCCUCCUGCGAUAACCGACGGAUGCACCUCAAUUGUUCAGCGCUCGCAAGAUGGCUCCACUGUGAUUCUGGCGCAGAACUGGGAUUGGCUGGAGCAAUUACACGACGGAACCGUUAUUAUGGAUAUCAUAACACCUGACGGAGAGACUCGUCUACAAUUCCUAAAUGAAGCUGGGCUAGUUGGCAAGAUCGGAGUCAACUCUCACGGACUUGGAAUCUGUAUGAAUGCGAUUCGAUGCGGGGCGCUUUCCACGGAUCGUUUGCCGACUCAUGUCAUGUGCCGUCGUGUUUUGCAGUAUGCGAAGACUGUGGACGAGGCCGUGGCAAUGCUCGACGAGUACGGUGGUGCUUGUUCGUUCAAUCUCGCUAUGGCGGAUGUUCAGGGAAACUUUGCUACUGUCGAGAUCACACCGAACGGGCUUUCCGUGAUUAACCCCGUGAGUGAAGGAGAUUCUACCAAGGUUGCGGGGAAAGGUCCCAAUUUUGUCGCCCAUACGAACCAUGUUAUGACACCACCUACCGAAUUUCCUCGGGGAGCCAUCUAUGACCGACCUGCACCCAACUCAUUCUCACGAUUAGCAAGAAUGACGGAAUUGACACUUGAAGAUAUUAGCCAGAAGAAGGCGUUGACCCUGGAAUCUGUUAUUGACCGAUUGAGUGAUCAAAAGGGUACUCCUGUCAGCAUCUGCCGCGACAAGCCUGCCAAUGCGACUGGAAUGGAGAAAAUGACAACACUUGCCACCGUGUCGAUGGUGUUUGAUACUGUGGCCAAAAAGGUUACCAAAAGUCAAAUAACAAUCGGUAGACCAUGCGAAGCCGGAUUGCAGUUGGUGGAGUUGGCCUUCUAA